CCAGAACGAUUAUUUUUUUUUUGUUUUUUGUUUUAGAUUUCCAGAAAAUAUGGAAGAAAGUGUGUUUCUGUUCCGCCGCUGACUUUAGGGCACAAUCUUUGUCUUGUCGACGACUGUCAAAGUCGGAGUUGGAACUGUAACGAUGAACAUAUCAACGAGACUCGCCGAGAAACUCCCCGGAAUCUUCCCGGCGCCUCCGUCUCCUCUCCUGCGAACAGGGUUGCCCGAGUUAGGGUUUAUUUCAUUUGUUAACCAGAAGAGGAGAUUUGGAUGGGGAUUACAGAGGAAAAUGGUGUGGAAUUCCGAGAGAGCAGACAUGUGUGUGGCAAGCAAGACAGGCAUAGUUCAUCCAGCCACUGGAACUUACGCUCAAGAAGCCAUCGAAGCUAUCAAAUCCGAUAAAGUUGUAGCUGUUCCCACUGAUACCCUCUAUGGGUUCGCCUGUGAUGCUUGUUCUUUGGAAGCAGUUAACCGGAUAUAUGCGAUCAAAGGGCGGAGACUUACGAGUCCGCUUGCCAUUUGCGUUGGUGAUGUAUCGGACAUUAAGCGGUUUGCCAUUACAGAACACUUACCUCCUGGUUUGCUCGACUCUCUCCUUCCCGGCCCUGUCACCGUUGUUCUACGGCGAGGUGAAUCGAGCGUUCUUGAGAAGUCCUUAAACCCUGGGAUUGAUACCGUCGGGGUACGGGUACCCGAUUGUGAAUUCAUAAGGGCAAUCGCUCGGGGGUCGGGGAGCGCAAUCGCCCUGACCAGCGCCAAUCUCAGCGGCCACAGAAGCAGUGUUUGUGUGAAAGAUUUCGAGAACCUUUGGCAUCACUGUGCUUAUGUCUAUGACGGCGGCGUUCUUCCCUCUGGCCGUGAAGGAUCCACCAUUAUCGAUCUGACAAAUAUCGGAACGUACAAGAUCAUCAGACCGGGAAGCGCGGAAGAAGAGACGGUGGAGAUUCUCGAGAAGCAUUUUCUCGGGGAGGAUGCGGGCGGCGGUUAGGGCAGAACGCCCGCCGCCGGGAUGUACGGAUCUUCCACUUUUUUUGUUUUUGGGUGUUCUCUUCAAGAAACAUAUGGCAAAGGAGGAGGAGGAGAUGUGGAGUUAUGGUCCGAAAGAUUUGGAAUACUUGAAACAUAAAGACAGGUUUAGAUUAUCUUCGGAGGGAUUAUUAGAAGAAGCUCAAAGUUGUAAAAACAAUGAUAAAAAAAAUAGAAAAUAGAAAAAAUUUUGUAUUAUAAAAUGCGAAAUGUGAUUUAGUUCUGUUUAAGAUAUUCUAUCAAGCUUUUAUAUUUA